AUGGCACCACAGUAUGCACAAAAGUUUCGUGAAGAACGGAUGAAAGAUAAAAAUUUUAAAGAAUGGAUAGUUGAACUUGAGAAUGACAAUACUAAGGUAAGGUGUAGAUUUUGUAAGUGUGAUAUCCGAACCAAAAAGUAUGAUUUAAAUCAGCAUUUAAAAACAAAAAAGCAUUUGGAAACUACCAAAAACUUUUCUGCAUCGAGGGCAUUAACAACAUUCAUCAAACCAAUUACCACCAAGACAGCUCAGGCAGAAAGUGCAAUAUGCUUAUUCAUAGCAGCACAUAGUUCAGUAUUAUCAUGUGAUCAUUUAGAAGAAUUAUGUAAAAAUUGUUUUAAAUCGUCUGAGGCCGCUGAUUCAAUGAAAUUGCACAGAACUAAAUGCACUGGUAUAAUUUGCAACGUAUUAGCUCCCCAUUUUCAAAAUGAAUUUAAAAAAAAAAUCAAUAAUGAGCCAUUUACCAUUUUAAUUGACGAGUCAACCGAUAUAAGUGUGCUUAAGUUCUUGGGAAUAACAAUUAUGUAUUUUGAUACAGAUAGAAGACAGGUGACUUCAACAUAUUUAUCACUAGUAGAAAUGGAGUCUUGCGAUGCAGACGCCUUGAUUAAUACUGUAAAAUCGACACUACUUAGUAAAGGUUUGGGUAUCAAAAAUUUGAGUGGAAUUGGUACAGACAUGGCAGGCAUUAAUAAUGGUGUUUAUGUAAAAUUAAAAGAAGAAAUACCAUCAUUAAUACAUAUCCCAUGUAUAUGCCAUUCGCUGCAAUUAGCAGUAUCAGCUGCAGCAGCUGAUACUUUACCAAGAAACAUAGAUUAUUUGAUUAGAGAGACCUACAAUUGGUUUUCGCAUUCUACUUUAAGACAGAUUCAGUACAAAAAUUUUUUCAAAGCAAUUAAUGAUGGCCAUGAUCCAUUAAAGAUAGUUAAAGCAUGUGCUACUAGAUGGUUAUCAAUAGAAACAGCAGUCGUAUUCUAA